CAAACUGUCCCUCCUCUGACUAUUCUCCUUCGUGCCCACGUUGGCUCGAAAGCCUGCUGGCUCCACUCUUGCUUUUCGUCCGACCUAACUCUUGGUUCCUCGUCUCUCCGCGUAUCGGACCCGCUGCCAUGGCGCACUCUGUGGCGCGCACCUGCCUGCUCUUGGCCGCGAGCGCGUCUGCCCUGUCGCUGCAGGGCCGCCAGGGGGCAGCGUCGACGACCGCUGCCCAGCCGACCAUCGAGCCCCUGUAUCGCCCGAGGCCCCUGCAACCACCCGCAGUGCGACGGCGACCCGGCCCCCUGCAACCUGAUCGUCGUCUUCCACGGCGACGUCACGGAGGCGCAGAUGACCAGCCUCGCGACGUCGAAGGCCCCCUCGGCGACCCCGUCGCUCAUGCCCGCGCUCAAGAUGAUGACGCUGGGCUUCGGCACGGACACCGCGAAGUGCGUCUCGUCCUACCAGGCGGUCAGGACCUCGCUCGAGGCGGGCGACCCAUUGCUGGGCAGCGUCGAGUUCGACAGGAAGAUGUGGGUGCGGUGAGAGCGCGCCGGGGGCAAUCCUUCCCCCCCCCCUCCCCUCGCAGCAGGCACAGCGGCAGGAACAUCAACCUUGGGAGUUUCGCGUGAAUUUCUUGGAUCGGCGGGACCCCCUGGCGCGCCUCUGGCUCCGCCGCUGGCGCGCUCCGCGCGCCAGGGAGGGGGGCCCAACGCCGAUCCAAGAACUUCGCGCGGGCCUCUGAAAGCUCCUGCUUCUGCGAAUUGCUGUUCCUGGAUCCUCCUCCGCUGUCAUCCUCCGCCCUGUCCAGAUGCGGCAAUCCCAGCACCGUGCCGGCCCAGAGCUCCGGGCGGCGACGGUCGGAGGAGCGCGCGGGCAAGGCCGCGUCACGUGCGGCGCCUCGUGCCCUGAGGCCUUGGGGCAGCCGCGCCGUGUCGGGGCGGUCUCUCCCCCUGCUCGUAGUGUUACGUCGGGCCUGUCCCUCGGCAGGAGGGCCCCUUCACAUGCUCCUCCCAGAUGGGGCGUCUCGAGGCAAAUAUCGGCGUUUGCGUGCCAGAGCGUUUUCCUUUGAAGAGCUGGGCGCCCUGGGCGGACGGCCGAAGGACCCCUGCAGCGGGACGCCCUGGCAACAAGGCUGCCGCCGCGAAAGACUGCCCGUUUAACGCUGGUGCCGCGCAAACGCGGCGCCGAACAGACUGCGCCGCGCAGGCUCGCGCGCGCCGAACAGACUGCGCCGCGCAGG